AUGGAUCUCAGAAUACCAUCCCAGGUCAUGGACAUAAGUCUUGCCGCAGGUAAACACCAACCGGUUUCAGCCAACUGUAUCCGAUGUAUCUGUGAAGCCGAAUCGGGUUGUAAACCGCCCUAUCCGUCGUGCCAUGAGGAGUACACCUAUCUUCCAUGUGGCCCACUCGGCAUCUCUUAUGUACAAUGGGAAGAGGCUCUGGAGCUGAACAAAACCAUUGGCAAAUCUUUCGAGGAAUGUGCCUCAAAAAGGAAAUGCAGCGAGAGGAUCCUCCAUGCGUAUAUGGCCAAGCACAAGCCAAAGAAGAUACGAUACUCCGAUAGCAAAGGGCUCUGCGAGUACUACUCUAAGGUCCACAAAGGUGGCCCUGAGGGACCCCACUUGGCUCCUACCAAAGCCUUUUGGGAUACGGUGGCGUCGUGUUUGGACAGGCUUGAACUGGACCAUGCUGAACUUUGA